AAUUAUAAUAAGUAAUAAAUAAUAUUGUAGUAACAAAUAAUAUUGUUUUAUUAUGUACAAUUAGCAAUUGUAUUUCGCUUCAUUAAACACUUUUAGUUACUUUUUGAUAGUAAAUUUUACUUUAUAUCUAGUUGAAUGUUACGCAUUGCAUUCCGUUCAUUUUCCAAAUAUGUAAAUAUAUUAUAUAAAAUUAAAACAGAUUAAAAUAUUAUAAAAAUGAUUUUUACAUACUGUAUGAAAUGGUCGAAGAAUUGUCUUCAGUUAACUGUUCCUCAUUAUUUCCAAAUUGGUAAUUUAAACAUAUCAUGUAAAAUAAACAUAUCAUGUAAAAACAAUUACAAAUUUUGUCGACUUUUAAAAUAGUUUAAAAUAGUUUUACAAUUAUAUUUCAAUAAUAAAAAAAGCAUUUGGAAUGUUAUAACGAAACAUUCAGUGAAUAUUAUGCUUAUUAUUAAAAACAAAAGCACAAUUUUUUACGUAUAUUUUAAAACUAAUGAAAAAAUUCUUUAAAUAUUACAUUUCAAUUCAUUACAAUUCAUUAACAGCUAAGUCGUCUGUAUUCUAUAUAAGUACAAGCACAAAGAAAAAUAACUACAUUGUUUGGUUAGAUCUGGAAAUGACUGGACUUGAUGUAAAUACAUCCCAGAUUCUGGAAAUAGCGUGCUUAAUCACUGAUAAAAAUUUAAAACUUGUAAGCAAAGAUUUCAAUGUUGUCGUACAUCAGCCAGAUGAAAUACUAAACAAUAUGAAUGACUGGUGUCUAAAGAUCCAUCAAAAAACAGGAUUAAUUGAUGAGUCACGUUUAAGUAAAACCACAAUACAAGAUGCUGAACAAAUUGUACUAAAAUAUCUAAAAACAUAUAUAAAAGAAGCGACAUGUCCAUUAGCAGGAAAUUCAGUUUACAUGGAUCGUAUGUUUCUAUAUAAACACAUGCCAUUAAUUAAUAAUUAUUUACAUUACAGAACUAUUGAUAUUUCUACUAUUAAAGAAUUAGUUAAAAGAUGGAAUAUAAACAUACCUACCUUAGAAAAAAAACAUGUUCAUAGAGCAUUACCUGAUAUAAAAGAAAGUAUAAAAGAAUUACAACAUUAUAAAGAUUAUAUAUUUGAUUUAUGUAUUAAUAAUUAGAUCACAAAUUUCGCUUUAUAUUAUAAAAAAUGUUCAAUGUUUUUCAUAAUAAAAAAUUGAAUAUUGUGAUGUAAAAUAUUUUAACUGCCAAAUAUUUGUAUUUAAUUAUUUAAAUGCACAUUUGAUAGCUUAAUAAGAAUUGUAUAAGAUGUUGGUGCCAAAUUUAUCUUUAAAAUUACAAACUAUUUUCAUUUAAAUAUAUAUACAGAGUGUUUCAGAUCUCAAUCGUCAAAUUUUGCCAACAUAUUUGGGAAAUUAUUUUGAAUUAAAAAUAUUAUAUACUAUGGAUCAAUACGUCUUUGUUCUUGACGCGUGAAAGAAAAUGUAGUACAAAUCAUAAGUAAUCAGAUAUACUGAAGCUACUUAACUUUUAUGAUUAUUGAAAAUUUACUCCAGUACAAAUACUUGUAAUGAGUUGAUAAAAAAUAUAAAAGAGGCUGUUAGUAUCAUCAAUAACAACUUUUCUAAUGUACAGUGGAUGCUAUAGAAACAUGUUUACUUACAUGUAUAAGUAGAAACAGUACUAGAAACAGAAAAUUAUCAUUUGUAUAAACUAGUCUGAACCAAAAUUGAUUACUAAAAAAAAUUUGAAAAAAAUGAUAAUCAUUAAAAGUUAAGUACUUUUCAAAUGUUGGCAAAGUUUAACGAUUGAGACCCUACGCUGUAUACACAGAUGCAUACAUAAGUUUCAAAACGUGUUAGUUGCUAAAUUUUUACUAAAUAAUAAAAACUUGAUGAUUAAUAAAGAUCACUCAUAAUUUAUAAGGAUUUAUAAAGAUUACUCACAAUUACUCUAUAAUUU